AUGAAUAUAGUGAACGAAUUAACGUACGAUGGCGAAAUUUACCAAUGGACUGGCUCUUUGAACAAGUUAAAGACCUUUGUUGAGAAAACGCUAAACGCUAAAGGGACAUGGACUUCACCCGGCGGCGACGUCAAACUUUUUAAGGAUGAUGAUUCAGAUCUGAUCAUUAAAUGGUAUGGUCCUCGUUCCAAGAAACUUAUAACCCUUACAGACAACUGCGAUCACCCUUUAAAAUUGAAGUUGGAAUGUCGGGCAACGCUGGGUUUAAGAAUUAAAGAGACAACAUUGAGUUUAGGAAGCAAAGAAACGGCUAAAGACGCCAUUCCCAGACCGCCUGAG